AUGAAGGAUGCGUUUUCAGGUUGUAGUUCGAUAAGUUCUAUCAUAUUUUAUAGUGAUGUACUGAUUAAUAUCAGUCAAGGAUGUUUCAGUGGACUUACACCAUUGAGAGCAAUCACUAUCCCUAACUGUGUUCGUGAUAGUGGAUCAGCAUGUUUCAUGAACUGUGGUCUUACAUCAGUUCAAUUCGAGAACAAUAUUAUAUCAUUCGACACAUUGAGUCCUAACUUAUUCAAAGGAUGUUCAGGAAUCGAAACAUUCAAAAUUCCAAAGAACUGCAAAGUUAUUGACAGUCAGUGUCUUAGUGGAACAAUGAUCAGCAAUGUUGAUCUUCCAGAUAGUGUUGAAGUUCUUGGUAUUCAGUGUUUCAAAGACUGUACUAAUCUUGUUUCUAUCAACAUCAAGGCCACAAGUCAUCUUCGACAAAUCGACUAUGGUGUCUUCGAAGGAUGCCUCUCUUUCUCACAAAUCAACGAAUUCACAUCGCAAAACUUUGUUUGUGAGAGCGGUGCACUUUACAGCAGUGAUCGACAUAAGAUGCACAUAUACCCACCUGCAUCUAAGAGGAAGUUCUUCUACCUUCUCGAAGGUGUCAUCUCAGUCGAAGACUGUGCAUUCAUGGGUUGUGUGAAUCUAGAAUCUGUUCUUCUUCCAGAAUCUAGUGUUACUCAUAUUGGACGGAGUUCAUUUGAAGGCUGCAUUCAUCUCAAACAAAUCACAAUUCCAUCAAGCAUCCAAAGUGUUGGCGAUAAUGCAUUCAACAACUGUCCACUUCUUAACUGUGGUGUUCUCUUCCAAAACGUCAACAACAAAACAUUCAUUUCUCUCUUCAAGAAAAGUGGACUCAUUAUCUCAACAGAUUCCUUCUGUUCUGGCUUUUCAUGCAAAGUCAACUCAUAUUCUAACAUGAAUCUUCCUCUCACAUAUAUUACUGCUUUCAUUUUAAUAUAA